CCGGAUUGCAGCCCAUGUGGAUGGCCAGGAAGAUACAGGGAUGGAAGUGGUACACAAUGGAAUCUCUCCACUCUUUUACACUCGCCUUCCGGAAUGCUGUGAGAUUGUCUUUUGCAGUUCGGCCCAGCGACCCUUUGAAGACCGUCCGACAUUUCUCGACACGGGGAAAACCACCGUCGGUCGAGAACGGGCCGCCCAACGGGGUGAGCCAAGAAGAAACGAGUUCCUCGUCGGCGCAGGCUCGGCUUCCGUCGAACCGGAAACCACUUCGGGGUCAUCCAAGUUGCAAGGAUCCCAGCCUUCGGAGUAAAUUCUGGCGGGCGUUUCGCACGAAAGCUGAAGCGCCCAGCCAGGAAGAGUUCAUGAACUUGAGAAACGAUGAUUUCCCCCAGGUGAAGCAAAGACUCCAGCAAAAAGCGUCCUCCCUCAAAAGGACCGAAGGCACGGAGAUCUUAUUCGGGAUCGCCCCUUGUUCCUUAGCACUCCAGAGAUCGAAGCGGAUUUUUUUCCAGAUGUUUCUCAAGACUCAGCAGGGCAGUCCUUCGUCUGGAGUGAAGGAAUUCUCCCGGCACGCCAAAGACCAUGGCAUUCCCGUGAAGAUGGUUCAAAGGAAGGUGCUGGAUGACCUUUGCAAGGGCGGCGUCCACCAGGGGGUGUGCCUGGAAGCCACACCCCUUCACCCCAUUGGCUGGCAGGAAGGGCCGUCCCCCGAGGCUGAGGGAGUCCCCCUUCAUGACGGAUCGCAGUCCCUUUGGCUGGCUUUGGAGGGGAUUCAAGACCCCAUGAAUCUGGGGGCGGUUCUGCGGUCCGCCCACUUUCUGGGCAUGGACGGGAUUGUGAUGAGCCGAAAGAACAGCUGCCCCCUGACCCCUGUUGUCAGCAAAGCAAGUUCUGGCACUAUGGAAAUAUUAGAUGUAUUUAGCACGGAUGAUCUUCAAAGCCUUCUUAAGGCAAAAUCCGAACGGGGCUGGGAAGUCGUCGGGACAGUUGGCCACGCAAAGGCCGAAGAGGACGUCCCCAUCAUCAGCUGCUUAGAUUUCCGUUGGACGCGACCCACCGUAUUGCUGUUAGGCAACGAAGGCUACGGGCUUUCUCUGGAGACGAGGCGCUUGUGCCAAAAGAUGUUGACCAUUUCCCCCGGGAGAGAGCUGCAACCUGGGAUAGAGUCAUUAAAUGUGUCAGUUGCGGCUGGAAUUCUUUUGCAUUCAAUAUGCAGCCAAAAAAAUAAAUAAAAAUCAAACGCCGUGAGGUUUUGAUUUCGACCAGAGACGGGGAGGCACAGUUGUAUGAAUUCAAGGAAAAUCUCUCCAGUGGUCUGCAACUACGGAAACCCUCCAUCAAGAAUUUCUGGGCAAGAAAGAGACAUACGGAGGACUUUCUUCAAGUUGAGCAAGAAGUAACCACUGGGUUGGAUUGCAGUGCGAUAUCUGGAAAAUAUUUCCAGGUCAUCUUCUAUAUACAUCUGAGAUUUUAGAUAUGUCCGGAAUCCCCUUCUAUAAAGCUGUUUGAAAGGU